AUGUAUAAAGAGGAGCACAACAAGAACAUCAAUGAUGUCUAUCAUGAGGUUGCCAUAUGUCUCAUUGAUCAUCCAGAUUUACUUGAAGAUUUCACAAAAUAUCUGCCAGAGAUGAAGCGAUUUGGAGAUGAUGCACAUGAUUGUCCUCGACUUAAGAGAGGAGGUGACACUCGCUUAGCUAGCAAAGAUGAAGGAGGUUCUAGUGCUAGUAAAUUUGACUUUGAACACGCAAUCAAUUUAGUGAACAAAAUAAAGAAACGUUUAGAAGACCAUGACUACAAAUCCUUCAUAAAUAUUUUGAGCGUGUAUAGAAAGGAGAACAAGGACAUCAAAGAGGUGUACCAUGAGGUUGCCAUAAUUCUCAAUGAACAUCCAGAUUUGCUAGAUGAGUGCACUAUGUUCUUGUUGAAUUCAAGUACUAAUUUGGACAACAACAAAACAUUGAUGAGGUUGCAUAAAGAGCAAAAAACGACGCGUGCUGAAAAAGAGAAUAUGGGUAAAAGAACUCACAUUGAGGAUUAUGAAGAACAAGUUGAAGAUGCACUGAAACGUCAGUUCAUGAUUAGCACUUUUUGA